UGUUUGUGGAAACAUGGCGAACGUGUAUACAAUUACCAAAUUUGCAUGUUACGGAUGCAGGAAUACAAUUUAGAUGAUACUCUUUCCAUGAGCCGGGUUCAUGUUCCUGGGAUGGAUCAGGACUACGAUGACACAACAGAGUUCUAUCGUCAUUACACUCCCCCCUCCUACAACACUCAUGUCUCCAUGGACUGUGUAUUUGAUGUACCAGAGGCUGAGGAAACACUGAAACUGUUUCGUAAACCCUUCAAAAUUGUAAAUCCUGGAAACCAUGUCACAAAGAGAACACCAGAAUACUCCAGCAUUAGUUUUAUGCACUGCCGACAUCUCCAGGGUCUGGGGGCACAGUACUUGAAGUUACGAGCUGUAAUGGAAGAGAGAGCUAAGCUAGAGUUCCUCAGGGACUGCUUGUUUAGAAUCAAAAGUGUCACUGCGUUCGUCCAAGACCUGGAACACUUGGUGCAGGCUGAGUAUCGUACAUACUACGCCAUCAUGCACAACUCCCUGAUGGAUGCACCUUCUAGCAAGAUCUACUGUUUGAAUGCUCUUUGUGAGGAUCUAAGGACCCAUGUGGGGCACUGGAAUAACAUAAAACAGUGCUUACAUACCAAUCGAUGGCUUCAGCCCAUAUUGGGGCGUCUCUAUUUAGAUCUAGAACAUGUCCGCAAGGUGCUCUCUCAACUCUACAGCGAUGCCAUCUACUGGAUGGAGAAGUUAAUUAUUAUUGGUUUACAGGUGUUUGCUCAUGGAAACAUGGCAACAUUGACACAAGAAAUUGUGUGGAAUAUUGCUAGAGGAUUGGAAGACUUCAAUAAUGUGGCUAAUGGUUUGUCCAAGAGUCGAUACAUGAGCACUUCUUAUUUUAUCCUUGAACACAUUCAAUCAGAAAUGAUGAAUCUUACAUGUAAAUCAGACCCUCGUGUUACAAACCAGCCUGGACAUGUCUCAUUUUCUGUGAAGUCCAUUCCUUUUUCCAAAAUCCUCAACAUAAUUGCUGUUGAACGUGCUAAAUAUGCUGCCAUAGAAACCCACAGAUUUUUCACUGUUAAUGAGGACUUUGUUCGGAUCCUUUAUUCUGGAAAAUUACCAAACUAUGUUUGGAAUGACGAAGUUCAAUAUCCUGGUCACAUCUCCCACCACCUGGACACGUCUGACUACCACACAGCAAGUGGGAGCAUGACCUCCAUCAGUGGGGCUAUUCUCAAAGUUGGGUCAGUCCGAGCCCCUGACCUCACACCAUAUGAACCUCCACUAAACGAGUUCGCUCGCCAGGAAAAUGAGUUUGCUGAAAACUUCCUACUCAUUGUGUGCAAUUCAACUAAUCUACUCAGGAAAAAUGAUAGUCACUCAAAAGGCAAACACAAAUCAAGUAAAUCUCCCAAGAGCCCCACCUCAAAACCCCCUAAAGGACAGGACACGCCCGUUCUGUCUCGCUCCGACUCCAAGCGCAAGACCGUCUCAUGGGGAGACAGUGCUGACAGCUCAAUUCGCUCCCAGCUGGCAGGCCGAUACAUGGAAGUCUUGUGGAAGUUCUUUGGACUAGCCUUAGAGCAGUGUUUCUAUGAACCUGUAUGGGGUUGUCGUGGUAACCAAGUUGAGGGGGAACUCGGUAAUGUGGUUCUCUGCGGUGCAACUGUGAUGACUGUGGUCAGAAACAUGAUGGAACACGUCUGUCUCAAAGACAUGUUUCCUCCCCGUGCUGUUUCUCCUGUCCUGCGAGUGGCCAGAACACUCCAUUCACAGACCGCGCUGCAGUCAUGGGAUAUAUUGAUGUGUGAGGCCCUUGGUUGUCAGAUGUCAGACAAGUGUUAUCCUUGUUUACUGGCCAGCGGAGACCACAGCACAAAGACAGGGAUGUUGCUCAGAGACACAUAUCAACCUCUGUUUAGUCUUCUCCAGGAAAACCUAAAAGAUCUCCCAGAGUCUGGAAAAGAUGGCAGUUUAUUGCUUCCAAAGCAGGAUCUAGACCUUCCCCAUGUGACAGGAAUCAUUUGUCGUCUGCUGACAAACUGUCAGACAGCACAAAGAUGGUGUGUCCACAAAUCUCAUGCCUUCCUGUCAUCCUGGGCAGUCGGAAACUUCCUGUUGGUCACCCAGACAGAUCUCAAGGUCUUGGCAGACGAAACAAAGAAGGCCCUAUACAAUGCUCAGCUAUUUAACUCCAAGAAUAUCAACAAAUCAAAACUUUGUGAUCAACAGAUGGGGGUGUAUUUGUCUGAGGUUACAAGACAAAUAUCCGAUGUCAACAUUCAGUUACAGUCCCUUUCUGGAGCAGCCAUGAAGGUUUUCACUGAGAACUGCAGCAAACUGUCGGCUGAUUAUUUCAGCAGUGAGAUGCCGCAGGGAAAAGUAUGGCGUAAAAAAUCAGGUGGUGAUUGCAUGGGUUGCGGAGAGGUGACCAACCUGCCAAUGGAACACAACCUCUAUAUUGAACAUGCCCUGGAGACUAUUCUGGAGCCUGUGCUUGAUGGUGUGAGUAAACUGAAGCAGGCUGCACAGCUCAGUGUUGUCUCCCUGGCCAUCACAGCGUUCUGUGAAGCAUGGAAAAACAACAUCCUCAAAAACAAGAUAAAAUUCAGCUAUAUUGGGGCGUAUCAGCUAGGUGUUGACAUUGGGUAUACGAGAGCAUGGUUAGGGGAGUAUGUAACAAACCCAGAAGUCAGGCAGACAGUCCUUGACCUCAGUGUUUUUAAGUACCUCAGUGGGGCAGUCAUGAUCCUCAAGAAGCAGCCUUUCCGUAGGGGUGGAUCCAAGUUCCGUGAGCCAUGUUCCAUGGAGGACCUCAAAUCUGUUGAUGAUGGUUGUAAUGGUCAUGCUGACCUUGAAAAUAUUAAGGUGGAGAGAAAUUCCCGUUCGGUAGAUACCGAUCUCCCACCAUCUGUCGACGAGUCUGACAUUGAAUUCGUGAACAACAUAAACGAAUGGUUGUCACUCCGUGUACAAGGGGGGUCCAGGGCCUGGAAAUUAUCGUGUCUUAACACGCCAGAGACAACGGACUAGCUCAGUCCAGGAACAGAACGAUUACCCUGGAGAAAUUAACCAUGACAUCAGACCUGAGAGUAGAGAUGGAGGAGGAAUAGUUUAAAGCCAUUACACUAGACGCCUUUACACCAGGAGAUGUGCCAGUGGACAAAGUGCUAUAUUUACUAGGAGGAAGUGCUGAAUGUUGUUACACUUGUAGUAUAUUUUGAUAUUAUUGGAAAGUUUUAUAAAGCCUCUCAGAUCUAUUUUUCAAAGAUCCUUGCCCAUACAUAAACAUCUAUUUAUUUUAACCAGCUAACAAACCCGUAGUUUAAUUUUAAUAGGACUGUUUUAAAGUGUAGAAUUCACAUUUUGAAUUUCUUAUUUUCUUUCAACUUUUUUAUUUUAUUUGUUAAUUGAUAUGUGAAAUAACAAUUAAUACACACCUUAUUUUCAUGACACUUGGAAUGAUCAUUAAAUGAUGUUACUUUCUGUUUGAUACCUGGUGAAGACGAAAUGUCACAGUGCAUGCUGCCAAAUACAGGUACCAUGAAGUUGAUAUAAUGUUAAAUAUAUUUUAACACUUUACUGUUGCCAAGCCACUUGAUUUUUUUUGGGGGGGGGGGGGGAUCUAGCCUAGUUUAGGCAAAUUUGAUCAUAUAGAGUGUAUGUUAUUUUAAAUGAUAAUGUGUGAUGUGGUUGUAUACAAUCUGAGAUUAAUGCAGAGAUUACAAGCUUUAUAAAUACUAUUCAAAUUACAGCAGUUAAAAUAAUGAAGGUCUUUACUAUCGAAUUAAUUGUUUGAAAGAUAGCCCAUAUUUCCUUUUUUUUCUCCAUGUAUGUAUAUUGCACAUCCUGUUGUAAACCAAAAACGAAGCCUUUUCUUGUCGUUGACCUUCUCAGGAACUCAAACAAAAUGGCAUAUAUACAUGUAUGUAGAUGGGUUUUUUUUUAUGAGCAAGCUAAUGUAAAUGUACAGUAAAUUCAUUGCUGCUGUAACCCUGUUGACCUUAUAGAUCAGGAAACUGACUUCUAUUGUGUUAUAAAGACAUAUUUUGCAUCCAGAAAAAUUGAUGGCUAUUUCACCAAAAAUGUAGGUUGAAAUGUUCAUGUUCCUCUGUGGUUUUUUUCUUUGUUGGAGAUAUUGAUAUAACAUAUUUAUUAAUUAUGGGACUUGAAAUUUUAGUGCUUUUAAUUUUGGUUGAUAUUCCUCUUCUUCCAAAAGAGCCAUCUUUUACAGCUUUUACAUCAAAAUUACCCUAUUCACAAUACUCAAUAAGACCAUAUCAAUAUUAUUGAAAUACACUGAUUUCCCAUUAAUAAACCGAUGAUAAAAGAAAGUUUUGAGGUAUUUGACAUAUCAAAUGUGGUAAAGAAUGUUUAAAUGUGGUUGAGAGUUUUCAGACCUUGCCUUGUCCUUUGUGUUUAGACAUGUUGCUGUGUCAAUUUGUUAUAUUUAUCUGCUCAUUACAGUGUACAUGAUCUGUAGCAAUUGAUGACAUCACUACUAAACUUGUCUCCUCAAACAGAAGAGUUUAUCAUCAUCUGCAUCUCCUGUAGACCUUUGUAACAUUUUGAAACCAACAUUAGAUAAACUAUAUCUACACAUGUAUUUACAAUGAGAUACUUACAUCGUUUUGUAUAGUAUUUGUACUUUCAACUCAUGAUUAAACAUUAUAAGCAUUAAUCAAAUUUAUACAUAGGUAGUCUUUAAUUUAAAUGUACUGUAAAGAAAACUUGAAAUUUUAGACUGCAUGAUGAAUUCAGUGCUUUAUUUUAAAUUCAUAACGUCAAGCCUGUUAGACACAGAAUUGUAGUAGGAUUGCUUGUAUAAUUCUUUUUAAAGCAUAGAAAUGUAAUUUUUUUACUCUAUUUUUGUACCUACCAAAUCCACUACCUAUAUAGUUAUUUCUUACACGAGUGAUCAUUGUGGAAACACAGUCGUCAUGUAAAGCUGUCAGCCCCUUGUCGUCAGGUAAAGCUGUCAGCUCCUUGUUGUCAGGUAAAACUGUCAGCCCCUUGUCGUAAGGUAAAGCUGUCAGCCCCUUGUCAUCAGGUAAAGCUGUCGGCCCCUUGUCAUCAGGUAAAGCUGUCAUCCCCCUGUUGUCAGGUAAAACUCAGCCCCCUGUUGUCAGGUAAAGCUGUCAGCCCCUUGUCAUCGGGUAAAGUUGUCAACCCACUGUUGUCGGGUAAAGCUGUCAGCCCCUUGUUGUUAGGUAAAGCUGUCAGCCCCUUGUAGUCAGGUAAAGCUGUCAGCCCCUUGUAGUUAGGUAAAGCGGCAUUUAUAAGAUCACGAUCAUCCAACUGGGUACGCGUUUGCAAUGAUAUAAGGAAGAAACCUUAUGUUUUUCAUGUUUAUAUAUCAAAGGUCAAACUUACAUGGAUAAUUUUGUUCUCUGAUAUGAUUGAUGUUCAUUCUAUAUGUAAAAUACAACUGUUUUCACUAAAGUAAUCAUGUGACAUCCAGUUGACAUUGUAUUCUCAUCAAGACUAUGCUACAUAAUAUGUACACUUGCACCCUUUUUAAAGAAAUUCAGUGAUAUGUUUCUGAAGGAUAUUGCUAACCAAAUUUUGGUACAUAAAAAAAUGAGGCUAUUGUCACCAAGAAAACUUCUGAUGCGGCUUAGAAAUUAUUAAGUUUGUUUAUUAAGAUUUAGUACAUUGUCACAAAUGUAAUGAUUAACAAAUUUUGUCCCAUAAUUUGAACGAAGGUCAAUGAAGGAGAAUGACAGAAAUGUGAUAGAUUCUUCUUUACAAUGUGAGAGGAGUGUAUUUGUUUUAUUUUUUUAUCUGCCAUAUUGUAUACUUCUUAUGUACAUGUGUUACCACAAUUCUAAUCAAAACUCUAGAUAAGUGUUAAUUACUAUUUAUUACCGUAGAUCUUUGGGUAUUCUAGCGCCAGAUAUUAGAAAUUUUAGCAGUUUUAGAGCAGAAUAAUGGUGAUUAGUCAUUUUCACUGAGAAAAUUCAAUUUUAUUAUUUGUAUUGUUGCUAAAUUGAAUCUGUUGAUUAGUGGAGAAUGUCUGUUUAAUAAUUAUGGAUAAUUUUUAAGAGUUGAAUUUUCUCAGUUUAUUGUAAAAGUGAACGUAUGUGUAGAUAUCAUUUACAGCCAGCAAAUGAUAUUAGUAGAGUUCCUGUUUCUGUGAUAAACCCAUGUGACAAAAGGAUGGAACAUCCAGCACACUUUCAAAAUUUAUCUCAUGAGUUCUUGUAGGUACAUGUAAAUGUUAGUAAUUUUGAGUCAUAAAACAGGUUGUUUACUCUUUUAAUGCUGCUUGUACAUUUAACAAAUGAAUUUUUGUUUGUAUUUUAUCGAUCUGACCUGUUAUAUAUUAUUUCUAGUCAAUCAUAUAUUAUGUAUAUUAAUGUAUAUUAAAUUUAUUAUUAUUUAUUAGCCUUUGUUACUUCCUUCUAUUAAAGAAAAAAGAUUUUACUCCUUCUUAAUGUAUCAUUUUAACAAUAUUAAACAUUCAUCAAAUGGAAAGAUAUAUUUGUAAAGCAUGUAAUUUAUUUUUGAUCCUGUUUUCAAAGAGCAAUAAUAGGUAAUUAAUUUGUUUAAUGUUGAAAUCUAUUUCCAUAGUAUUUCUGUAAUUUUUCGAGCAUUUUAAAUCUUUUUGUGUAGAUCAAAUGGGGAUGAUAACACAAAUGUUGUGAAGGGAAAUUGCAUAUAUUCGUUUUAAGAGCUGUAAAUGUGCAUCUGUGAUAUUGGUGAUGUGUUUAAUAGUUUAUUAUUUUUUACAUUUUCAAAUUUUAUUGUAAGAAGUGUUUCAUUUUUACACUGAUUUUUCAAUAGGAAAAAAUUAUUGUUGAUAUGAACGAGUUGCCUCCCUUACCACUUGCUGUUUACCCCUAAUUUUCCGUCCUUGGCUUAUAUUAUGAAUAAAAUUUAUCCAUUGAU